GCCUGUUUCUCAUCGAAUUGCCAUCGCUACUGUUGUUGUCUCCUGCGUAUACACCGUUCCUCAUGUCCUUUGGAACCGUGCUGAAAUGAAGAACUCUGCAAAUCAAACCAGUGUCGCAAGACACGUAUGACCCGGAGAUAGGAUGUCAAAAAAUGCCUGGAAGAAGCAAUAAUUGACUGCUACCAUGCAUAACCCUCGUGCAUGACCUGCAGGCUCCUGGACGACACAGUCAAACAGGAAAUAUGCCUCAGCCUAAGCCUCGGCUCCGUUUAUGUUUCUAUUCUCCAUCAUUAGCAGCUUCAACGAACUUAAAGUCUGCAAAGGUUCUACUCAAAUUCUGCUUGUGAUUGUCCCAGAUCCGUAUUACUAUCACUCCUACUCCUAUCGUCAAUGUACCGAUGAACCAAACGAACCUCAACUUGCUAGACAAUAUUCUCCACAACCUCUCUACCCAGUGCCGAAUUCCCUAUAAGCAGCUGUUCCUUUUGAGGUCGUCGAUCAACCCUGAUAUUGCUAGCAAUGUUGAGAAUUUCUUUCAGGCAUAUUCACAACUACUCUGGAUAUGCAGAGAUGUCGCUGGCGACAUCCGCACCGCUAUUAUUGACUUUCGAAAUGCCAUUCUCCCGACUCUGGAAAAUGAAAAAUUACCAACGUCCGUGAAGAUCGAAAUCAUCGAUGGUUGGAUGUCCCGCACCCAGGCUGGGCACGCGCAUGUUGACAAGUUGCCAACACAAUUUGAACGACUGGCCAAGGACCUUCGACAAUUCUCCCAAGAGCUUGAAAACGAUAACGAGACUAUCGUGCCAAUGCGAUGUAGUUCCUUUUGUGUGAUCACACAAGUGACUGAGUGGUUCUCUCGAAAGCUACGUUCAAGCCGAUAUUCUGCACACAGACAGAAUUCGCACGAUUUUGACGCGCCAUUGCUGGAUGAAGCAUCGGCUAGGCCAAUCUCUCCUAUCGCCACUGCAGUUUGGGCUGCAACGGACAAAUCGACGCCCUCAGGGUCACCAAGGAAGAGGUGGAAGGCAUUCCGGAAUGUGAAGAAUUUUCUUUCAAGCUUGAAAAGCAAGACUCAUCUCGAGGCAAGAAGAAAUACUUCAGACGAAGUGUUAGAAGAUGCCAGGAUAAUAUUCGAAACAAGCAAGACGAUCUCUGUCCUUGGAACUGAGACAAAGGUCUUCAUCGACGCUUACGCACAGCUCUUCCAAAUCGUGGAAGACGUCAGGAAGCUUCUGCUUCAAUCCCACACAUUGCAAAAAUCCGAAAUCUCAGGUGGAUUCGACUCAUUUCGAGCGGCUCUGGACUCCUUCGCGAAAGUGCUCGAGACGUACCAGAAAUUGCCGUGACCAUGAUUAUGACCAUGACUAUGAUCGUAUGCCACUAUGCCUUAUGCUUCUCCGUCCACUUUUGCCCUCGUCUUUCCUUUCAUGGCUUCUCAGUAUUUAUACGAUAUUGGCUUGGCGCCCUUUUAUUUCGCCUAUCCCACUCGGCAGAGUCGUAGAGCUGAGCCUUCCUCGAUCCUCUGUGCUUCAUAAUAAUUUACUUAUACUGAAUCAUAACCUCCUUUCAUA